AUGGAAUGUAAGGGCGUUUUCCUUAAAACUCUUCCUCUCUACCAUUCCGCUUCAAGUUUAACCAUGUCCUCCUUAUUUCCGUUUUCCAUUUUCUUUUAUUUUCUUGUAUCUAGUUUUAUUUCUUUCUUUCUUCUUUCCUUCCUUUCCUUCUUUCCUUCUUUCUUUCUUUAUUUAUUUCCCGUAAACUUUCUUGCCUUCUUUCUUUCUUUGCUUCUCAUAUUCUUUCUUUCUUUCCCAUAUUCUUUCUUUCUUUUCGUAAUCUUUCUUGCCUUCUAUCUUUCUUUCAUUCUCGCCGUCUUGCUUUCUGACUUUCUUUCUUUCUAUCUUACUUUCAUUCUCGUAGACGUUCUUGCUUUUUUACCUUCUUUCUUUCUUUCUUUCUUUCUUUCUUGUAGACUUUCUUGCCUUCUUUCUUUGUAUCUAUCUUUCUUUCUCGUAAACUUCCUUUCUUUCUUUCUCGUAAACUUCCUUUCUUUCUUUCUCGUAGACUUUCUUACCUUCUUUCUUUCUUUCUUUCUUUCUCGAAAACUUUAUUGCCUUCUUUCUUUCUAUCUUUCUUUCAUUCACGUAGACUUUCUUGCCUUCUUCCUUUCUUUCUUUCCCUGA